CAGCUCCGCGCAGGGACAGCCGAGCCGAGCCGCGCCGGGCGUCCACCUCACAAUUUCCAGAUUCUUCCAGAGAAGAGAAUAAAAAGAAACCAGUUUUGGAAAGACUUGGAAAUUUGUUUGGUACGGGGAAAAGGAAAAAUGUCAAAAGUUCACUAGAACACACUUCACAUCGGAAAGGGGAGAGGUCAGUUUCUCCUCACAGAGUGCAGCCAGUAUACUGUAGGCACAUAAAGGAAGGACACGAAGCUCCUCAAGUACAGAAGCAAGUGAGAAACAUAAGCGCUGUUUCUGAGACGCAGGAAUAUAAUUUCAGUGGGGAGGUAGGACCACUGUAUCGUGAUACCAUUUCAGAAUGGAGUAGUAGGGGAGUCUCUUCUGACAGUGAAUGGUCAGCAGAUUGGAGCAGCAGCAGUGAAACCAUUAAAAACUCUUUCUUUGAGAGUAGCCUGAAUGUGGAAACCCCGGAACUGGAGAAGGAAUCCACCACAGAUAUAAAUAAUUCCACAACUCCAGAUUUCAUAAAAAGCUUGAGAAAUUUGUCUAAUGAAGACUUAGAAAAGAGUAUCUUAAGCCACAAGCAGCUCGUGAACACGUGGGUGUCUGAGGAGCCUGGGCAUGCAAAACCAAAGGAUUUGCCGUAUGAGUUGGAAUCUCCAGCAAGUGAACACACACAUUCUGCUAGAGUGUUAACAGUUGAUAUCUAUCUAAGAAAACCAGACGAACUCCUUAAUGAACCUGUGACUGUUACAUCAGAAGAAAAUUGUAGUGACUCGGACACAAUGGAUAAAAAAUCUGCUAAUAAAAGGUCUGGAAAAAGGAGAAAAUCUCAGUCGUCUAGUGACAUUCCAAAUGGAGAGAGAAACCAGACUGAGACUACUGCAAGAGAAGAAUCUGUUUUUGAGGAUGAUGUCCCUUCUGAGGUGUUUUCAGACAAGAUAAUAAACUCGGAAAAAAAAGCAAAGUCUCCUCAACAGACUCCUGAAAGGAAUUCCUCUUCCCCAGGUAAUAAUCAGGACCUAAAAGUUGGAUCUGCUCACAAAGGGGCAUCUAAAACUGAAGCUGACAAAGGAAAGCAGCAGAUCUCAAACGCAACCCCUGCAAGGAGAAGAUCAUAUAAAAAGAGUCAGUCGGACGCUGUCCCCAUUUCCCCUACUGGUUUGAAGGGUCAGGUAAAAGAUUAUUCCUCAAAAAGGCAACCUUUAGCAUCACCAGAGAGUAACCCCGUGACAAAAAGAACUUCGGUGGAAAAGGGAACUGUACCUGUGGCUUUUGGGGAAGACAGCUUGGAGUCUCCCAAAGUUUCUUUGGCUGAUAAGACAGAAGACACUGCCGUGGUGUUUGCUGAAGGCAGAAAUGAGACCAAGGCAGUAAAGCAUGGUAAUGGUUCAGAUGGAAGACCUUUCUUGCGUGCUGAUGGGAUUAAAAAUGGAGACCUGUGUAUGUCAGCUGAGAGACAGACAAAUUCUGAUUUAGACAGCUUGAAGCUGAAGAGUUUGGAUGCUUCCAGAACAGUCAUGACAAAGAUUAGCCUUGUAAGGGCUGCAAAGAAUCUGGGCAGAUGUCUUCAAAACUUGUUGGAGAGUCCAGCCAAACCGAAGAAUGUAGAGCUGAAUUUUAAAGCACCUACGAAUCAAGACAGUUUAGAAAGUGAGCAGGAUGCCCUUGAAAAACCAGUUAAUAAAUCUAACAGCAACAUUGCCAACAAAAUUUCCUUGUUUGAAAAUAAAUGCGCUAACCAGAGCCAGAGGCCUACUGACAUCCCUGCUUCAAAAAAUAGUACUGUACCAAGCACAUUUGUUGGCAGAGCAAAGCUGAAAUUUGGAAAACAACCUAAGGAAAGCGAACAGCCUGAUAAAAUCUUAAAUAAACAAAGCAGUCGCCAGAAGUUAUUUGAGAAUGGCACACCAGAGAAAGAAAGCACUGCAGAAUUAAAAGGCAAAAAUGAAGAAGGCUCUGCCUUUCAUGAGGAUAUUGGGAAGACAGCAGAACUUAAAGUAAAAGCUGCAAUAUCCCUUUUUAACCAAAGCAGCAAAAUUGAUGCUAGUAGUGUCUCUCUGAAGCAACCCGAUCCAGAAUUAACCACAGCUAAAAAAGAAAGUUCACCUUUUAAACUGUCUUUGCACUCACCCAGUAAAAGUGAAAAUGCUCAAGACACUUCCUACCAAAGAAAUAACACAAGCUCAGAAUUCCACAGAAAUGAAGAAAAGAUGCUGCCAAACACAGAGAUUUUAUCACCUUGCAAUGAUGAUAAAUAUCCUCUACCAUCUCCUCAGGUUUCUAGAUCAGAAUUUAAGAAGACAGAAGAUGGAGAUAAAAAGGCAAAGCCAGGAGAUUUGAGCUUUGCAGCACUGCAGUAUGAUGACAGCAGUCAAGAUAGUAUAUUGAUAUCAGAGCACAACACCAAUACACAAAAGAGCCCAGGCAAAACCUGUAAUGGAUCUGCUGAAGAUGAUAGCAUUUUUGAUUCCCCAUCUGACAUGAAGAAAUUUGCUGAAACAAUAAAAAACUUGGACAGCUCGGUUUGUUUACCCCAGAAAAAGAAGAGGUCAAAGCUUCCCAAGUCCCCAGCACCCCACUUCGCAAUGCCUCCCAUUCAUGAAGACAACUUGGAGAAAGUAUUUGAUCCUAGUGUCUUUACUUUUGGUUUGGGACUGAGGAGGGAAAAAACACAGGAUCUGUUACCGGCCCAACAAAUUAAAAUGCAAAGCCUGGAAACGAUAGCUAGAAUCAGGCCCAAGCGUGCAUCAACAGAGCAAAGUAUCAUAUUCAAAGCCCUGCAAUCAUGUAAUAGAGAGGAACCUGCCUUUACUCAGGAAAUAAAUGGAAAAGAGAACAUUGAUGGUACAGAUGGUGAAAUUAAGAGAUCCCGGCUUGAAAAAAGCUCCCUCUUCUCAAGCUUACUGUCUUCUACAUCUAAAGAAAAGUUUUUUAAUCCUUCUGUCACCUCAGUAAAUAACACCACAGCAGCUUUUACAACUGACUCUUCAGGGAUGCCUCCUUUACAACAGGAUGCUUCUGGGCCAUUUGGCAUGCCUCAAAAAUCUGAGUCUCUUUCAGAUAUGAAGUUUCCAAGUUUUGUGGAGAAGUACAUGCAAUCAGAUAGUGCAAAAAAAGAACCAAGUUUACAAAUGCCCAACUAUGGGAACCCUGAGAAAAGUUUUUCCAGCUGGUUAGGGACAAGCAGAUAUGAAUCAAAUGUCCCCACUGGUUUAUUAGAUGUGGAUGCACUUUCAAGAAAUGGACAAAGUAAAAUCAAUCCCAGACCUGGCAAGCUGGUGAUACACUGUGAAUCAGACUAUCAAAAGAAUGGUAUUGAAGUUUUCCAUGAUGUUCUGGAUUGCAGUUCUUGGGUUCUGUCACCAACAAUUUUAGUUAAAGUCAUCAGAGGAUGCUGGAUACUCUAUGAGAAACCAAAUUUUGAAGGCCCCUCUAUUCCCUUGGAAGAAGGAGAGCUGGAAAUCCCAGAUAUUUGGGGUGCAGGUACUUCUGAAGAGCAAAAUGAAUGCAAAUCUCUCAAGCCUGCAGUGAUUGGUUCAAUAAGACAUGUUGUUAAGGAUUACAGGGUUUGCCGAAUUGAUUUGUAUACAGAACCUGAAGGGUUAGGAAUCGUGACUUCCUUUUUUGACGACACUGAAGAAACAGGGGUGUUCGGCACCACUCAGAAGACUUGUUCUAUCAAAGUACACUGGGGCAUAUGGCUAAUUUAUGAAGAACCUGGUUUCCAGGGAGUCCCUUUAAUGUUGGAGCCUGGUGAAUAUCCUAAUUUAGCGUUCUGGGAGAAGAAGGAAGCCUACGUUAGGUCUAUGAGGCCCUUGAAAAUGGGUGGUCGCAAAGUUGAAUUCAGUGGAGAACCAAAGGUAAUCAUUUAUGAGAAGCCUUUCUUUGAAGGGAGACAUGUGGAAGUAGAAUCAGAGAUCUUUAUGCUUGAUGACAAGGAAUCAGAAGAAAAGACAAGACUUCCACUUACAUCAGUGGGAUCCAUGAAAGUACUGGGAGGAGUUUGGGUCGCUUAUGAGAAGCCUGGGUUUGAAGGCCAUCAGUACUUGCUGGAAGAAGGAGCGUAUCGGGAUUGGACAGACUGGGGUGGCUAUGAUGAAGAGUUGCAGUCACUGCGACCGAUUGUUGGUGACUUCACAAGUUCCCAUAUGAUUAUGUACAGUGAAAAAGACUUUGGAUCAAAGGGUUCCAAUAUUAAUGUGUUAGGAAUUAUUUCCAAUUUGAAAGACACUGGAUAUGGGCUGAGGACACAGUCUAUAAAUGUGCUAAGUGGCGUGUGGGUAGCUUAUGAGAAUCCUGAGUUUACAGGGGAGCAGUAUAUACUUGCUAAAGGGCUAUAUCCCAGCAUUGAGGCAUGGGGGGGAAAGAAUUGCAAAAUAUCUUCAGUUCAACCCAUCAUUAUGGAUAUUGUUGGAAGCGAAAGGGGUAAAGUCAAGGUCCAGUUAUUUUCAGAGCCUGAAUUCAAGGGUAACUGCCAAAUAUUUGAAAAAAACACAAGAUGUAUUGAUUCAUUUGCUGUGAAGUCUUCAAAGAUUUUAGAUGGCAGCUGCAUAGUGUAUGACCAAGAAGAAUUCUCUGGUAACCAGUAUGUGUUGGAAGAAGGAAUCUAUCCUGAUCUGACGGCGAUGGGUUGUUCACCCCAAUCAGUUCUAAAAUCUUUACGGAUUAUAAAUAUUGAGCUGUCUGAGCCGUGCAUAGCUCUUUUCGAAAAGGUGGGUUUCCAAGGAAAGAAAAUCGAAUUCAGUACAGAAAUCUUAAAUCUCCAGUUCCUGGGAUACAAUCCUCGAAUAGCUUCAGUUCAAGUCCUUGGCGGCAUAUGGAUAAUUUAUGAGCAUAGUAAUUACAGGGGGCGUCAGAUGUUGUUAUCACCGAAUGAAAUUCCAGAUUGGUAUAAAGUGAGUGGCUAUUGUCAGAUAGGUUCUCUGAGACCUUUACUGCAGAAACGUGUGUACUUCAGGCUUCGAAACAAGGAAACAGGAAAAUUCAUGUCAGCUGAUGGAAACUUAGACAAUCUGAAUCUUCUCAGAAUACAGGUUGCAGAAGAUACAGACUCAGAUGAUCAAAUCUGGGUUUAUCAGGAUGGAUUCCUAAGGUGCCGGAUGGCAGAGGAUUGCUGCUUGACAAUUGUUGGAAAUCUUAUAACUCCUGGCUCUAAACUCGGUCUGUCAUUUGAGCGGAAUGAAGACAAACAAUAUUGGCAUAUUAGUCCCGAUGGCAGGAUUUAUAGCAAGAUGAAACCCAAGCUGGUUUUAGAUAUCAAAGGGGGCGCACAAUAUGAUCGCAACCAUGUUGUUGUCAACGCAGUCAAUGAAGAAAAGUUAACGCAGUGUUGGGAACCACUAGUUGUAUAAACCCAAACAAGCAAAGAGGACGUUUGAAUUAGCCACUAUUCCAGACACUAGAAUUGGCACUGCCAUCUCUGAAGGAUACAGGAUCAACAAUGAGAGUUUUGUCUUGUCUUUGCAAUUUUAAAAAGAACAAGCAACUGAAUGAUUUCACCUCUCUAAGAUUAU